UGUCCGCAUCAUUUUUGUAUUGCUUUCUUCACAUCGUUAUUGCUCUACUUCUACUUGGCAAACACAUAAUUCUACAUCACUCCUAUGAUUUCAGAGUUGCUGCAUGCAUCAUUUUUGAUUCGGCCUCUUUUCCACAGAACUUGAAGAGCCAGUUACCAUGUCAUCGGGAGAACUCCCCCUUGAGGUUUAUCACAGGACCAAUGCUGUUGGAUCUGGAAGCUUCGGAUCGGUUGUCGUUGUCUACGACGACGAUGGUGAAGAGUACGCCAUGAAGCUCUUUGACGAGGAAGACGAGGGCGACGGCAGUGAGGACAGCGAGGACUAUGGCAUCUCACUUGGUGCUCUUAGGGAAAUAUCUAUCCUUCGCUUCCUGAGAGAGGAAAACUCCCAUCCCAACAUAAUUGCAAUCCACGAUGUUCAGACCGCGUUUGGGGAAGAAGACGACGAAGAGUUUGGUACCUAUGCUAUGGCCAUGCCGCUUUUCCCCGACGGGAGCUUGGCUAAUGCAUUAUCUAAAAUUACUACAAAGAAGCAAAAGGUCGAGAUUGCACGUGGUAUUAUCAAUGCGAUAGCGUAUUUGCACGAAAACUCGAUUAUUCAUCGUGACAUUAAGUCGGACAAUAUUCUCUUACGGAUCAAUUCGCCGGAAAACAAACCUGGGUGCGAUACCUUCGACCCCGUCCUUAUCGAUUUCAGUCUGGCCAAGUUUGUCAAUGCAGGUGAAUGCUCUGAGUUUGAACCUACCCAUACACCAUCGAUGGGAACACCCACCUAUAAAUCCCCCGAAGUCGUGGCAGAAGAGCCCUACGGACUACCGUCCGACAUGUGGAGUGUCGGGGUGGUGUUGCUAGAACUCUUGCAAGGGAAAUGCAUCGACGCUACCAGAGACAAGGCCGCCAUUGCAUUCGUGUCGGGUAGUCUCGAGCGUUUGCCGGAGGGACAACCCUUUCCUUCUUUGCUACGUGGUUUGCUUGAAACCGACCCAAAAAAGCGAUGGACCGCUCGUCAGGCCCUCGACUGCGACUUGUUUACAAAAUUCCAAAUGUCAGAAGAGGCCGACGCAAAAACCUUUCGUCAGAUAUGUCUUUCUAGUGCUUUACCGAUCGAGGGAGACCAGAGCCACACUGAUUUUGGUCUCGACAAAGAAAACAAGGAGAACCUUUGGGAGCCGAAGAGAUCGACACCGAAGAAAAAGAAUUCCAACCCAGUUAUACUGAAGCGCGAUAAAUUAAUACGCAAAAUAUGCAAAUGGAUGGAAUGGGAAAACCCUAUGACGGCAAAGGCGGCAAUGCAAUACAGUUCUCUAAUGAACGAGAUUGUUGGCAAUGUGGACGACCUGAACGAGUCCAACAUUCUCUUGGACUGUCUAGUUUUGGCACACAAAUUUUUCGAACAGCAUUUUUCUGGAACAAGCGAUCUUGACGAGUUGUAUAAUAAAUUUGGACAGGGUGAUUUUGAUGCCGAAGACUAUGCAGGCAAUGAAAACUCAAUCUUUGCAAUGAUGGACUUUUGUUUGUAUCCCAGGUGACGAACAGUAGUAAUAUUUAGAGAACUUAACUCAUCUUACACUUGUGAAACUAGAAACAUUGCUGACAAAAAGGACAUAUCUAAAGUUUGAAGAUAUGAGCAUCACAUCAUCAUGAUCUGGAGAAUGAUGGCACUGAACCCAGAAGAAAAUUCAGGAUCCAAGCACUGUUUGUUUCCUUCUUGGAAAUAUAGAAUGGUUCAUUAA